AUGUCUAAUACCUUUGCUAUUCACCGAGCCUUAACUUACGCUUGGCUGUGGACAGUCGCCGUCAUACUUCUGGGACUUACUGGCUACAGAAUUCAUGUAACGGAAGGCUACGAAGAGAACUUUUAUGAACCCAUCAUUGUUGAAUUACUAGUUUCUGCCUGCCUGGCUAUCAUUUGGGCACCCAUCGCUGGUCACCUCGUCCUCCGGAAUCACAGCGCCUCAAAAACCAGCCCCCAAUUUCUCUCAGAGAUGGCAGGAAACUUUGUUUUAUGGGUAAUGUGGCUCGUCGGCGCUGUCGACACCACUAACCGAAUUAUCCCCGGAAAGAAUUGGUGCGGCCCAGGCAAGCAAUGCAGAAUCUUGACUGCAAUCCUAGCAUUCUCCUGGAUCGGCUGGUCCUUCUUGACCAUCAUCGGUGCCAUGGGCCUUAUGUACUAUGCAUACUACUCCGCGCAACCUGCACCUGUCAAGGAAAAACCUUCCAGCGCAUAAAUGGUUUACGACG